CGAGGUGAAACAACAACAGCCACAACAACGGGCAAUGGCUGGCAAGUGGACCAAGCUUCGGCUGGCUGCUGCGACAAGCAGCGUCUUCAACGACGUUGCUGAGAUGCGUAAGCAAACGCUGAAGGAGUGGGAGGAGAUUCAGCAACAGGCAACGGCACGGAGACAGGCCAUUGAAAGCGCAAAGCUCUUCAAAAGGUAUCGGGACGAGGCCAACGAUGCCCAGACCUGGAUGGCGUCCCACCAAGAAGUUGCACAGGAAGACAACUACUCCGACCACAAAGACAUUCAAGCCAAGAUUCGGCUCCACGAGGCGUUUGAGGCGGAGGUGAAUGGGUUCCAGCAGACGAUUAAUGACCUGGCCAGCAACGCUAAGCACCUUGUUGAGGAAGGACACAGACCCGAGGACAAAGUCAAGCCCAUCCAGGACGCACUGGAACAGCAAUUUGAGCACCUCGUUGCAUUGACACAACAGAAGAAAGCGGCGCUGCUUGCGGCGCGAGACAGCACACAGGGCCUCUCUGCCUUCAACAGCCAGCACGGCGGCAUCCUUGCCUGGUGCACAGAGACGACCGCCAGCCUCACGGCCGAGACGCAGCCAACGGAUAUUGCCAGUGCAGAUGCGCUUCUCUCGCAGCACCAGCAGACCUGCGCCGAGGUCGAGGCACACCGUGCAAGUGUGGACGCGGUGCUGUCGCUUGGGCAGCAGCUGAUUGACGCCAACCAUUACGCAAAGAGCGAUGUUCAGCACGCCUGCGCGCACCUGCGCGAGGUGUUCGAGGAAGUGUGUGCUCUUGCUGAGAAGAAACGUGUGUUCUUGCAGCAAGCACGCGCGUUCCACAUCUUCCAGCAGCAAGCAGACGAGAUUGAAGACUGGUUGGACGCGCAAGAAACAGCGGUGGCUGCGCUCGGGCUUGGGGCGACGAUUGCAGAAGUGCUCUCCCUGCAGAAGAAGCACGCGUCGCUGCUCAAACAGAUUGCUGCGCAGCGCGAGAAAAUGAAAACACUCGCAGCGCAGGUUGAGCAAGCACGAGCAGACGAGCACUACAACUUGGAUGCGUUCACCACGCGCCAUGCCGAGCUGGAGGAGCGCCGGAGUGCAUUUGUUGCCAUUGCCGACACGCGCACGCAGCGGCUGGCGUCGUCGUUGGAUGGGCUGCAGCUUGAGCGGGACAUGCAGGAGGCGCUCGAGUACAUGGCGGGCAAGUGGCGGUUUGCAGACGACGAGGCAUACGCAGAGCCAGCCAACCUCUCCGGGAAACUCAAAAAGUUUGAGGCUGUUGAGACGGAGCUGUCCGCGUACGAAUCGCACGUGGAUGCCCUCGUGUCCCGCGCCGAGGGCAUCAUUAGCGAGAGCGAGGAAGAGGCGCACACGUCGCGAAUCGAAGCGCUCCUAUCACAGAUGCAGGACCGCUGGUCACGCCUCCUCCAGCAGAUGCACACAAAGGGGCUGCGAUUGCGUCAGGCGCAGGAGAUGUACGCGUUUACGCGCAGCGCCGCCGAUCUGGAGGCGUGGCUGCGGGACAUCGAGGCAUUCGUUGCACAGCCAGACCUGGGCAAGGAUGUGAAAGCUGUUGAAUCACUGCUACAGCGCCAGCAGCUGUGUGAGACCGAUGUCGAGGGCAAACGAACACAGAUUGAGCACCUCGUGCAGCAGGGUGAUCGCUUUGUUGCAGAGGACUUCUUGGAGGCGAAAGAAGCGCAAGUCAAAGCGCUGGCGCUGUCGGAUCGCUAUCAUGACAUUCACGUGCCGCUUGCCAGCCGCCGUGCAAAUCUUGAGGCGUCCCUCGAACUCCACCACUUCCUCGCAGAUGCACAAGAUGAAGAGGCGUGGAUUCAGCUUAAGCUUCCGAUUGUGCAGAGCAGUGACUACGGCGACUCCAUCUCGGCCGCCCGCAUCCUCGACGUCAGGCUCAAGAGCUUUGAGGCGGAGGUGCAAGCGCGUGAGGAAUCCAUUAGCAAGUUGACAGAGUGGGCCGAGCGCCUGCUGUCUGAUUCGCACUACGCCGCAACCGUCAUUCAGGAGAAGCGCAAUCAUCUCAGCGACCUGUGGCUGUCCUUCAAGCAGGACCUCAGCCUCCGAAAACAGCGCCUUUCGGAAAGCAUGAAACUGCAAACGUUCCUGGCAGACGUGCGCGAGGCGCAAGCUUUCAUUGAGGAAGUGCGGCCAGUUGUGAUGGACACAUCCACAGGCGAUGACGAGGACGCCGUUCAGGAUUUGCUCACCCGGCACACUCUGAUACUGGAUCGGCUGCAAACGUUCCAGCUCACCCUUGACAAGCUCAAGAGGGCAAGAGGCGAGCUUGCACACAACACGAGUGGAAACAAGAGCAACAGCGGCGGCGUGGACAGCGAAGCAGUUGAGCGCGAGCACACGGCCGUUCGCACGCAGUUUGAAGAGCUGCGACGACGCGCGGAUGAACGCCAGCAGCGGCUGCAUGACCAACAGCAGUGGUUUGCAUUCAAGGCACAGUGUGACGACAUGCUCGACUGGGUGGAGGCGAGUCUUGUGACAGCCACCUCCACAGACGUGGGCCAGUCGAAGGAGGACUGCAAGCUCUUGCAGAAGCAGUUUGACGAUUUCGUCGUGGAUGUCAACAAGAGGCAGUCGCUCAUGAAAGACUUGCAGAAACAGGGCGCAACGCUCUCAAACAAGACGUCCCCAAACAUCAAAUCUGUCAAGGACAUGUUGCUCAAGCUGGAAACAAGGUGGGAACAGCUCCAAGAGGAGAUUAAGAACCGCACGCGCGCACUCGCCAACGCCACGGAGAUUCUUGCGUUCCACCAAGAAGCGGCCGAGACUAUGGACUGGAUCAAGGAGAAGGACGAGGAGCUUUGCACAGACGAGUGCGGGCAGGACAUUGCUGGUGUGGAGGCGCUGCAGCGGCGGCACGCGGCGCUCGAGCGCGACCUUGCUGCUCUCGGCCACAAGCUCGAGCGUGUGUUUGGAGAGGCUGGCCGUCUCGUCGCCCUACACCCAAGUUUCUCGCAGCCGAUUACCGCCAAGCAGGCGGAGAUGGCCCAGCGAUGGGAGAGCAUGCAGGAAACCGCCAAGCAAAGAAAGCAACAGCUGGCAGAUGCACACGUGUACGCCAAGUUUGUGGCAGAUUCCAAAGAGUUGUUGGGCUGGAUUGUUUCGACAUGCAACGAGAUUACCAACAUUAAGCCCGCAACAGACGUCACGGAUGCGGAGAGGCGGCUGCACCAGCACAUUGAACUUCGCAUGCGAAUUGAGGCACACCAGAGCGCGGUUGAUUCUGUUGUUGAGACAGCUGAGCAGCUCCUUGAAUCAGACAACGUCAUGCGUCCACAGAUUGAGGAUAUGGUCAUGGAAGUCACAAACGCGCAGGAAACGCUGACGGCGCUCUGGGAUGACUUUCAUGAUUUGCACCAAGAGUCUGUCUUUGUACAGGAGUUUCAUCGCGACGUUGCCGAAUGCGAGGCGUGGUUCUCCUCGCACGAAAAUUUCCUGCAGGUAGCACUGCCCACCAGCGCAGAGGCGCUUUCCAACGUCGAUUUGAUGAUUGACAAGCUUGAUCAAUUUGAAAAGUCGAUGGGCUCACAAAGCACCAAGGUGGAGGAGCUCGUGGCCACGGCGGAUGACAUUAUGCAAGAAAUGUCCGCUGGGGAGCUGCAGUGCUUGUAUCGCAAGAAAGACCGCGGCGUGCACCGCUCCGUGUUCGAGGCGUCGAAGCGCCGAAGCACGCUGAGUAACACGACACGGCAGUGGCUGGCGAAGUCUGCGUUGGUGCGGGAGCUUGCACAGUCGAUUGGCCCGUCGCGUCGCAGCUCGAGCGUGAGCAUCGCCGCAGAUGUGGGCAGCGACUCUGAUGGCGAGCAGAAGCGAACCGCGCCCUUCUCUCCUCGCCGCUCGUUUGAUGCGGCCAGCAUGGCGCCCACCGUUGUUGCCUCCACAGCCACAGCUGUGGCCCGACGUUCCUCCGCUUCACCCCGGCGAUCACCGCUCAGCCCCCGACGGUCGCUGUCGCAGGGCCGGGAUGGCGCAACUGCCGCUGCUGCUGGCAAACCACACCAGCUGUCACUGGCGCAGCACCAGGAGCCGGAUAGCCACGACCCAAGCCAGGGACGAGGACCCACAGACAAUGGCGACAGCGACGACGACGAUGAUGACGAUGACGAUGAUGACGACGGCAAGACCAACGGUGCCAGUGACGAGUAUGUUGAAGUGGAUGGUGCGGAUGAUGAGGUUGACAUGAAUGGGAACGAUGACGCUCAUGGUGGCGAUGACUCGGACAGUUUGGACGGAGAGUUGUUGCCUCCAGACGUACCGCCCCCUUUGCUGGACGAUGAUGGUGCAAGCGACGAUGGGUCGGAUGACGGGUCAGAUGCUGAGCAACUGCACACUCAUGGUGAUUAUGACGAUGCACAGCAACUGCACACUCAUGAUGAUGGUGGAGAUGCGCAGCACCACCAAACGCAGCUCCCUGCACAGGACCAGACGCGGCUCCAAGCGCGGCAGCAACAUCCAAGUCAGCAACAGCAACAGCUGAUUGCUGGAGCGAUGCAGGGGGACGACAAUGGAACCUCGUCUGAGGACGAUGCGCUGGCGGAGGUGUGACAUGUGAGGCGAGGUGCGGGUUCCGUUCAUGUCCGGUUUUGUGUUGAAGAUUUCGAAAAUGGCGGGGAGAGCGUGCUUGGGCCCGUUGCAUAUAGCUGGGCUACGUGCUGUGGAACAAUCGCAAUGUCGCCCAUAGCUUUUCGUCGGCCGUUACGGCACCGCCGCCAGUUUUUCAAACAAAAAUAAAAAAUUUUACUGGCGA